AUGUCGUCUCUUCUGGAUCUCGCGCUCAAUUCGGACGCUGCGCCCACCCCCUCGAGCGCCUUCGGUAACGAUGCACGAACACCACUGAUGCGAUCCUCGUCGGCCAGACCCCGCGGACCCCCCUCUGAAAGCGCUGGCGCCAACAGUGAUGUUGAAGGAGACCCGGACGACGAGAUCAUCGGGGCACGAUUGCCAGGCAGGCGCACCAAUGCUCCACGGACAGAUAUUCCAAAAGUGGUCGAUGUUACGGGAGAGACACUUUCGCUGCGCUUCCAGGAAUUCCUAGAGAACUAUACAGAAGACCCCUCCUCCUCAGCACUUCCAACAUCGAGUGCGGUGCCUACUACAGACAAAUACUACAUUGCCCAAAUACGUGGUAUGAGGCUUUACGGCCUUUCUACCCUCUAUGUCGACUACACGCACCUGCUCAGGCACGAAGAUGGUAUCCUCGCAGCUGCCAUUGCAAGCGAGUACUAUCGGUUCCUGCCCUACAUGGUUCGAUCGCUCCAUAACCUUAUCGCAAAGUACGAACCCAAGUACUUCCGCCAGCAUAAGCAGCCCGCCUCCACAGCUUCUGCGACAGCUAUCUCAAACGCUGGAAACUCAGAAAGUCAGAAUGAGAGCCUCAACGAGAAAACAGCGAACCAGCAGACCGACAAGCUCUUCACCCUAGCUUUCUACAAUUUGCCCCUUGUUUCACGUAUUCGCCAGCUCCGCACCACGUCAAUCGGUAGCUUGCUGUCAAUUUCAGGCACUGUAACACGAACCUCUGAAGUCCGUCCAGAACUCUCAAUGGCAACUUUUGUCUGCGAAAUUUGCAAUACCGUUGUGCCAAAUGUCGAGCAAACGUUCAAAUACACGGAGCCCGCGCAGUGCCCCAACAUAACGUGUAUGAACAGGGAAGGCUGGCGACUUGAUAUUCGGCAGUCUACUUUUGUCGAUUGGCAAAAGGUGCGCAUCCAGGAGAACAGCUCGGAGAUCCCCACUGGUAGCAUGCCGCGAACAAUGGACGUCAUUCUGCGGGGAGAAAUGGUUGACCGUGCAAAAGCUGGAGAGAAGUGCAUCUUUACCGGUACCGUCAUUGUCAUUCCUGACGUGAGCCAAUUCCGUGUUCCUGGUGUGAGACCACAAGCAAUGAGAGAUACAUCCAAUGCUACGCGUGGCAACGAUGUGGGUGGUUCUGGUGUCAGUGGCCUCAAAGCCCUUGGUGUCCGAGACCUCACAUAUCGCAUGUCUUUCCUAGCAUGCAUGGUCUCCCCAGACCACUCAACUCCUGGGCAAUCCUCAAACCACCAUUUGACCGGUCAGGCUAGCAACAUUCUUGCAUCUCUGGGCCAGGGUCAAAUCGAGUCGAAUGCAACAAGCGGCGAGGAGGCACAGGAAGAAUACCUUGGUACUCUAACUGCUGCUGAGAUUCAGGAUCUCAAGGACAUGGUGCACAAGCCCAAUAUUUUCAUGCGCCUUGUCGACUCGAUUGCACCAAUGGUCUACGGUCACCAGGUCAUCAAGAAAGGUCUGCUCCUCCAGCUCAUGGGCGGUGUGUCGAAAGAAACACCAGAAGGUAUGGCGCUCCGUGGAGACAUCAACAUCUGCAUUGUCGGCGAUCCUUCGACAUCAAAGUCACAGUUCCUCAAGUACAUUUGCAGCUUCCUUCCUCGUGCUGUUUACACUUCGGGCAAGGCUUCGUCGGCUGCUGGUCUUACAGCUGCAGUUGUCAAAGAUGAGGAGACUGGCGAGUUCACCAUUGAAGCUGGAGCUUUGAUGCUUGCUGACAAUGGCAUCUGCGCUAUUGACGAGUUUGACAAAAUGGACGUCGCUGAUCAGGUCGCUAUUCACGAAGCUAUGGAACAGCAGACUAUUUCGAUAGCAAAGGCGGGAAUUCAGGCUACGCUCAAUGCUCGUACCUCAAUCCUUGCUGCUGCCAACCCUGUAGGCGGUCGGUAUAACCGGAAGACGACGCUGCGCGCCAAUAUCAACAUGUCUGCACCCAUCAUGUCCCGUUUCGAUCUAUUCUUCGUAGUUCUUGACGAGUGUGACGAGGCUGUUGAUCGUCAUCUUGCCGAGCACAUUGUUAGCAUUCACCAGCACCGAGAUGAGGCUGUGGACCCUGAAUUUAACACGGAGCAGCUACAGCGCUAUAUCCGAUUUGCGCGGACGUUUAGACCGGAGUUCACCGAUGAAGCAAGGGAAACCCUCGUUGAGAAGUACAAGGAGCUGCGUGCGGACGACGCUCAAGGCGGCAUUGGCCGCAACAGCUACCGGAUUACGGUGCGUCAGUUGGAGAGCAUGAUUCGUCUCUCCGAGGCGAUUGCAAAAGCGAAUUGCGUGACGGACAUUACACCCGAAUUCGUCAAAGAAGCGUACAAUCUCCUCCGGCAAUCGAUUAUUUCAGUAGAGAAGGACGACGUUGAAGUAGAAGACGACGACGAAGCUCUUCUCGCGGCUGCGGCAGCUGCCGAGCAAGACGGGGAUGCUGCCAUGGGCGAUGGCCAGCAGGAGGCAGCACGAGACCGGACGGCGACACCGGCGGUAGCGCCGCGGGAGAAGACGAAGAUUACGCACGACAAGUACGUUGCCAUGCGCAACAUGCUUGUCAAGCGAGUCAACGAAGACCAAGAAGAGACACAAGACGGAGUGGAAGAGGAAGAGCUGCUCGUGUGGUAUCUGGAGCAAAAGGAGAAUGAGUUGGAGACGCAAGAGGACCUGGAGAAGGAGCGAGCUCUAGCGAAGAAGGUGCUGAAGAAGGUUGUCAAGGAGCAAUACCUCAUGAUGAUCCGGGGUGAAGGUCUGGCAGACGAACAGGGGCAGGCAGAAGGUAACGACAAGGUGGUUUACGUGCUGCACCCCAACUGUCCGAUUGAGGACAUUGCCUAG